AUGUCGGGUCGAGGUAAAGGGGGGAAGGGGCUUGGGAAAGGGGGCGCCAAGCGCCACCGCAAGGUGCUGCGCGAUAACAUCCAGGGCAUCACGAAGCCUGCGAUUCGCCGCUUGGCUCGCCGUGGAGGAGUCAAGCGCAUCUCUGGGCUGAUCUACGAGGAGACCCGGGGCGUGCUGAAGGUUUUCCUGGAGAAUGUCAUCCGCGAUGCCGUGACUUACACGGAGCACGCCAAGAGGAAGACCGUGACUGCCAUGGAUGUGGUCUAUGCCUUGAAGCGCCAGGGCCGCACUCUGUACGGUUUCGGCGGCUAA